UCACAUUUCGGCCUGCGCUCGAUCUUCCUUUUAAGCCCAAUGGAUUGGAUUUUGUUAAUCUGAGCCCGGCCCAUGGUCCUCAACUCUCGCAGUCAUACUUUCUGCCAGUAUGCCUUUCCGACGGUUUUCCAUCUGUCUUCCACCCCCAGACCCACAGUUACCGCAGAUCUCUCCCUCUCUCCUCCUCCUCUAGAUCCCCGGCCAUCACCGCCCGAUCUCUGCCCUUCCUGAUCCCGCUCCGCCGUCAAACAGAAAUGGCCGCUCCGCCUCUCCCGGUCACGAACCCAACGUCACAGCCCGAAUCUCAGCCUCCAAUCGCCACGCCGGCCUUCCGCAACUUCAUCUCCCGCCUCUCCUCUUCCGUCCGCCAGGGCUUCUCCCAGCGCCGCCCAUGGACGGAACUCAUCGACCGCUCCGCCUUCACUCGCCCUGAAUCCCUCACGGAAGCCGCCGCCCGGAUCCGCAAGAAUCUGUCCUACUUCAAGGUCAAUUACAUUUCAAUGCUCGUCGUCGUCCUCGGCUUCUCCCUCCUGUCCCAUCCUUUCUCCCUCCUGGUGCUCCUCUCCCUCCUCGCCUCCUGGAUCUUCCUCUACCUCUUCCGUCCUUCCGAUCAGCCCGUGGUGAUUCUCGGCCGGACUUUCUCGGAGCGGGAGACGCUCGGCGUGUUGCUCUUGUCGACCAUCGUCGUGGUGUUCUUGACCAGCGUCGGCUCGCUCUUGAUCUCGGCGCUGAUGGCUGGAGUUGCGAUUGUCUGCGUGCACGGCGCGUUCAGGGUUCCAGAAGAUCUGUUCCUUGACGAGCCGCAAGAGCAGGCGAACGUUGGACUCCUUUCCUUCCUCGGCGGCGCCGCCUCCUCCGCAGCUGCCGCCGCCGCUCCCGUUGUCGCCGCUCGUGUGUGAGAAGUGAGAACUGAACUCCCCCGCUCCUAUCUUUUCUUUUUUUGUUUUUGUUAAUUGAAAUCGCAUAUAGCUUUUGACUGAGUAAGACAUACAUUAUCUUGAAACCUGUUGUCGUUGAGACUGCAAUUUGUUGAUUAGAUUUCUUGUAGUAGAUCUUAUCUGAUCUUGGCACGGCAGUACUAAAUCCAUUCCAUUCGUUUUCAUUAUACUUUUAAUCGUUGCUUAUGUGGUGGUAAUUCGUAACUCUGCAAUACAGCUGAUCGUUUGCUCGAUUCCUGGCCAUGAAUCCUGUUUUGUUCCUCCCUUUCAUGUAUGCUGCCGAACCUAAUGAUAGUGCAUUGAAUUCUUCCAUGUGGAUCCACGUAGUUAUGCAUUGUUGAUUGAUGAACACAUCAGUCUAGUACCGAGCUAGGAUGCUUGAUAGUUCUUUGUUUAGCUACACAGAGAUGUGCACGACAUUUUCUAUUUGGAUUGGGUCUUAGAUACUCACAAUGGAAUGAGUUAGUGACCGUGUCUGUUGAAUGUAAGAAUGGUUUCUGGAAACUUAGGAUGCUAUCUACAUGCUUUAGGACAGACUCGUUUGAUACGAUGAUUUGGGGUUUAGUUAGCCUUCAAUUUAUACCAGGAGCUGCUCGUGGCUUUUUUUUGUGUCGAGUACUGUGAUUGACAUGAUCGUUCUGUGGUGUAGUCGAGGGAUGUGUGUAACUUGGGUGGAAAUGGAACCACUGUAGAUCAAAAGCUCUGGUUGAAGCUAUGUUUCAGUUGGGACAUAGCCUCGGUGGUACUUAGCAAUUCUACCUAAAUGGGUUCUGAACCGCCCGAACAAGGAUUAGAUGGCUGAUCUGCUUGGGAUGCUAUGAAAAUUAAGUGGAUGUGAUGCGUUUUUGCUUUCCCGAGUGCAUCAUAGUUGUUCGAUUCUUGAUCAUAUGGCUGAGAAUGUCUAAGCUUGUAUGCCAUUAUGCUUACCUUUACAUCAUGGAGCAGGAGAGUCAAAUUUUGGUAGGAGAGAGCAAAUCCAUUUGUAGGUUCGGGCCAUUUGUGGUUUGUAUAUAGUAGAUGCUUCGAGUAGAUUGAUUGCAGUUGGUAUCUAUGGUAGGAGGUUGUGCUGGUUAUAGCAUCUUCAAUUCUGCACGGAGUUGAAAUGGGCGACUAUGGCUGCUUGUGUAUUUGUGGCGGGGAAUGUUUCAGCUGCAUUGUAGUUGAUGCAGCUGUGGUAUUUCAGCUUAGUUGGUAAAGUAAGAAUGAUACUCCCGCCAUGGAACUAGGGGGUGGCAAAAGUGUCGUUGCGCCGUGGUAUUGGCACUUUGGCAGGAAGAAAGGAAAGGGGAACUGGGAUCUGUGAAGCAGUUGUUUUAUUGACUGGACGCACACAUUUAUGGUCCUGCUGCAAUUAUCUGUCGCAUUUGUAGCUGCCAUUUUCGGCACAAAUACCAGCCUUCAUUCCCAAUCAGUUAUUUAUGAAAUGUGAGGUGCUAUAUGCAGACGUGACUUCUAAAUGUCAAGCUAUUCGACGACGAUGAUGUUCUCCCUUAAUAGUAACUACAUCAUAGUUAGACCAGCAAAUAAUUGAGCGAUUCGAAAUAGAACGAGUAUGAAUGU